UCUAAGAACGCUUCGAAAGUGUACAGAACAAUUCCAUUAUUAAAGAAGAGAGGAAGUUAAAAUUAAGAUGAGGUUGGAAUUAUUCCUUGCAUUUUUUAAAAUAUUCACAAUUCAAGCAUCAAACGCAUUUCUUGACGAAGAUCAGCCUAUUAGCAAACCGAAAUUCACCAAACCCCAACGAUUGGUGCUAUUUCAAGCCAACGCGGCAGGAGAGUCCAUAAGUUUCAAGUGCACUGCAGCAGGAAAUCCCACACCGAACAUUACGUGGACCAAGGAUGGAGAGGUGAUUCAACCGGGAGUUCGCGUUCGGUUCACCAAGUGGCAGAUUAUUCUAAGUGAUCUGGAGCCAAGUGACCAAGGAUUGUACAGAUGCACCGUAUGUAACAUCGUCGAAUGUAUUGGGCAUACUACCCAGCUGGAAGUGCUUAGUCAGACAUCUUCGAGGCCGCGGUUUUUGACGGACUAUCCGAAGAACGAAACUGUGCUGGUGAAUUUGGAGGCAAUAUUGGAGUGUCGAACGUUCUCUGGAUCCGAUGUCGCUAUAAGCUGGGUUAAAGUUCACUUGGGUGUAGAUGAUGAACUUCCGGACAACGUAACCGAAUUGCACCGAGGUGGCAAUUUAGUCUUCAAAAGUGUGACCUUCGACGAUGAAGGUUGGUACUCGUGCAUCGCUGUGAGCUCCUACGGCACUUCAGUUAGAAGUGUAUAUCUGAGAGUUGUUGAUUACGACUCGAAACUGCCGUCAUUGGUAUUCUUCUGGUACAUUUGCAUCGUAUUUUCGAUAUUUGCUAUAUUUGCAACCAGAAACGUGAUUCUCAGAACAAACCAGUCCACAAACUUUAGGCAAAGUUACGUAGAUGUUGUCAAGAUCGAUCGUAAUUGUUCCAGAGAAGCUCAAAACAGUAACUACGAAACUCACGGAAAUCAUGGUUAUGAAUAUCCCAACCAGUUGGAGUUUCCUCGCGAUCAGCUGAUCCUGGGAAAGGUCCUCGGAGAGGGUGCCUUUGGACGAGUUGUUCAGGCUGAAGCAAAGGGGUUAAUAGCUGGAACUGAUUUUACGGCUGUUGCGGUCAAAAUGCUGAAGAAAGAUCAUACGGAAGGUGAUAUCAAUGAUCUUCUAAGCGAAAUGGAUAUCAUGAAGAUGGUUGGAAGUCAUCCUAACAUUAUAAAUUUUCUUGGAUUUUGCAACCAAGAUGGUCCACCACUAAUUAUUGUGGAGUAUGCUGCUCACGGAAAUUUGAAAGAUUUUCUGAGAAGGCAUCAACUAUCGUCAGACAGUACUAACAGUUCCAAACCAACUCUUACACUCAACGAACUGGUUUCGUUCGCGUAUCAAGUCGCAAACGGAAUGAAUCAUCUGUCGUCAAUGAAAUGCGUCCACCGUGAUCUGGCAGCACGGAACAUUCUGGUCAGCGAGGGACACGUCAUGAAGAUCUCCGACUUUGGACUAGCUCGAGAUGUUCACAGCCGAGAGUACUACCGAAAGUUGACCUCUGGAGAGCUGCCAAUUCGCUGGAUGGCACCGGAAUCGCUGGAAAAGCUUGUUUUUGACUCUCACAGCGAUGCAUGGUCCUUUGGAGUGCUCUGGAAAAGCUGGUAUUUGACUCUCACAGCGAUGCAUGGUCCUUUGAAGUGCUCUUUUGGGAGAUUAUGACCCUUGGACAGCAACCGUAUCCGUUUAAAGUCGAUUGGAAAAGCAUGAUGGAAAUCCUACAGCAAGGUCGGAGGCUUGAGCGUCCGCAUAGUUGUCCCCUGAACCUGUAUUUACUGAUGAGAGAGUGUUGGCACCUCAAUCCGGAAGAACGUCCCUCAUUUCGUGAGAUUGUACGCCAUUUGAAACUGAACAUCAAUAGUUCUUUUAGUAUUGAUUAAAUUAUUUAAAAUAAAGUUCCCAACUCAAAUAUUUUAGCCUUGAAACAAAUGAAAAACAAAUCUCUUAGUUUGAAUCCCCCCAAG